UCACAACAUAUGACAAAAAUCGAGUUAUUCGGAUCACUUUCCGAACGCAUUGACUCGUUUUGAGAUCACUUUUCGAACGUCUGGAUUUAGUAAUCCUAUCAAUCCGAUCAAUCAGAUCACAGUUUCCGAAAAGCCCUUAUAUGAAACAACCUAACCUAAAAAAGAAGACAUUUAUUUUUUCAUUUUUUGUAUUCAGCUUUCUAGGAAAUAGAUAACAAUUUUUUGGAGAUUGGAAAUACAAAAGAUAAAUAAUAUGAGAAACCCAUUGUGGACGGAAUAAUAGUAACAACGGAAGAAUACAUACAUACUUGAGACAUACACUUAACUGUGUAUUUUGUUUAGUACAGAAAAAAACAUUUGAGAACAAAAAUUUAUGAAAAUAAUUUAACCAUGUCUGAUGAAGAACUAAUUGUAGAGAAUAUAAAUAAUGCCCUUAUUGCUCAACAGUCGACAGAAAAGGUUCAUUAUUUUGCAAAAAUUAAAGAGUUGUUGUUGUACAAAUCACCUAAUUUAUUAUCCAAAUAUUUAAUAAAUAUUUUAAACUUUGCUACUGAAAAACACCAGGAUGUUAAAAGGGCAUUGGUAGGAUUCAUAGAGGAGUUAUGCAAAGUUCGUGAAAACUUUAUUCCUCAAAUUAUGGUAACUUUACAUAUGCUUCUAUGUGAUGAAUCAGUACCUGUCCAAAAAAGAGUUAUACAAGCUGCUAUUUCUAUAUAUCGAAGAACUUUAGCUUGGUUGUGUAGAGCUCCAAAUAUUACGGAUGAAAUGGAAGAAUGUUGGAAACAACUAAAUACUAUUAAAUUAGAGAUAGCUAAUAUGAUUGAUAGUGAUAAUGAUGGUAUAAGAACAAGCUCAGUAAAAUUUCUAGAAUGUGUAGUUUUACUCCAAAGUUAUCCUGAUGAAGCCGAAAGUAAAAAACCAAAUGAUUUUUCACUAGAUAAUGUACCUUUAACUUUAAAAAUUGCUAGAAGGAGGAAGCUUGAGGAAGAAGCUAGUAAUCUCUUUGAAUUGUUGGUAAAAUUUCAUGGUUCCCCACAUAUUAGUAGCGCCAACUUGUUGGCAUGUAUUGGAGUUUUGACUAACAUUGCAAAAAAUAGAGCCGAAUUUAUGAAAAGAGUUGUUGAUGCAUUAGAGUCGUUGUACAAUAAUUUACCCCCUACCUUAACUACCACACAAGUUAGUUCAGUUAAAAAGAAACUAAAAACUGAGCUUUCAGGAUUAGUUAAAUAUCCUGGUUCUUUCGACUAUAUUAAUAGAUUGACCCCCCUUUUAUUAGAUUUAGGUUGUUCUCAGAAUGAUAUUAAUAAAAUGCUGCCGAAAAUUGAAGAUCGUCGAAAGUACCAAAAACGUUCUUUGGGAUUAGAUGCAUUAUCACAACAACUGUCUAAAAAACCUAGAAUUGAUCCUUUGCUUUUAGUAGACUUGGAAGAUAACGAUAGCAAUCAAACUCCUUUGUCUCCCCAAGAUGUAAAUGAGAAAUUUAUUCUAGAUAAUUUAACACUUGAAAAGGCAAUUUAUCUAAUUAUUACCAAUAUUCCAAAACUACCUUUGACAAUGCCAGCAAGCUUUGCUAAGGAUUAUUCUAAAUAUGUAUCGAGCGGAAGAAUUGGAAAAGAACAUCUUGCAGGUGCAUUAGCUGUUCAAUUUGUUGAAGCAAAAGUUGGGCCAGGUGUAGACGUAAUACCUGAAAAACCAGAGUCAAAUAAAAGAAAAAGGGAUAAUAAAGAGGUAGACGAGCCAAAGGGAAAGGAAGAAAAGAUAGCUAAAAAAGAGAAGACUAAAGCACCAAAGAUCAAAUCUUUAAAACUAGCAGAAAUAACGAAACCUCUACCAAAAGACACAAAGGAGAGUCUGCUCGUUUCAUCUGUGAAUAGGCUUUUAGGAUGCGAUAAAGCUAAAAUUAAAGGUCUUAAUCAGAAAAUUAUUAUAACUCUUGCAUCUAAUUUUAGCAGUCCUGUUCGCGAAGCAAUUUUAACAUAUUUAUUAUCCGAUUUGCGCUCAAAUAUUGAUACAGCGCUGGCAUGGUUAUUUGAGGAAUAUAGUAUUAUGCAGGGAUUUGUUAGAAUUCCGCCUCUUAGAAAAGGAAUAAGGCCAGAUGAAUGUUACAACAUUUUGUUGUGUAGUUUUAUUCAGUCAGCUUCACACGAUGCUAUUAUACUAUCUCGAUUGUUGUUGGAGGCCCCUUUAGUAACAGAUGAAGCUUUAGAGGAAAUAAAAACUAUUUCCCAGGACGAAAAACGUUCAGGUUGGGCGCUUGGACUCUUACGGGAUUUGACCCUAAGAAAACCACCAAAACAACUGACUUUCUUGAACGUUUUAUUGUCUUAUACUACGUACGAAUUAAGUGCUGUCCGGGAUGCUGCUAUUAAUCAUGUAUUAGAUCUGCAUAAGAAUUACGAGUUACGACUAAUAAUUGAAGAAUUUGCAAAAAUGAAUCUUGAAUUUUUGAAGCUUUCUAAACCUCCAGAUAGUUUGAGUGGCGAAGGUCAACAUCGUAUAAAAAGUGAAACUUGGGGAGAUGAUUUUAUUAAGGCUUGUUUAUUGCCGUACAUAUCAUUGUUACCCUCAAAUCCUCAUUUAGUUCACGACUUAGCAAAGAUUUACGUUGAAACAGGAGCGGAUAUUAAACGGGUAAUUUUACGCUUAAUAGAAGCUCCAGUACGCUGUUUGGGUAUGGAUUGUCCCGAGUUAAUAAAACUAGUGGAAAAGUGUCCAAAAGGCUCAGAAACUCUUGUAACAAGGGUUAUUCAUAUUUUAACUGACAAAGGAACUCCAAGCGCAGCCUUAGUCGAAAAAGUUAAAGAACUUUAUAAUACUAGAGUUUCAGAUGUACGUUUCCUGAUUCCUGUACUAAAUGGAUUAUCAAAGAGAGAGGUUAUAUUGGCUCUUCCAAAGUUAAUAAAACUAAAUCCAGUUGUGGUGCGUGAAGUUUUUAAUAGACUAUUAGGAUUACAUGGUGAAAGUCCAAUUUCUCCCUCGGAGUUAUUAGUAGCUUUGCAUUUAAUAGACACUAGUAAAGCAGAUCUCAAAACCAUUAUUAAAGCAAUUUCACUUUGCUUGCAAGAAAAACAGGUAUACACACAAGAAGUUUUAGCUGUUGUACUUCAGCAGCUGAUGGAUCAAACACCAUUACCCACGUUGUUAAUGAGAACAGUUAUUCAGGCGUUGGGCAGUUAUUCACGACUUUCUGGUUUUGUUAUGAAUAUUUUACAGAGGCUUAUUUUGAAACAAGUUUGGAAGCAAAAGGUAGUUUGGGAAGGAUUUAUUAAAUGCUGUCAAAGAACAAAACCACAAAGUUUUGCGGUACUUAUGCAAUUACCAGCUCCUCAACUUAUUGAAGUAUUAAACACUUGUCCCGAUUUGAAAAUACCGCUUAAGGAGCAUUUGAAUUCGUUUAGCGAAACACAACGAAUGCAUAUACCUUUAGCAGUGCAGGAGAUUAUCCUCGACUCACCUCCGAUAACAAACUCGACGUCUAUUCCACCAACAACUCCGCAGCCUGUAUCUAUUAAUUCAUCUGGUUCGGAACCAAAUUUGAUGAUUGCAGAAGAAACACAUUCCGUGCCUUCCACGCCAGCAACUAAUUUAGAACCUCUACCUCCGGGAAUGGAGUAAGGUUAUAGAGUGCAAACCAAACAAUGCUUAAAAUAAUCUGUAAUUUGGAAUUAAACAAUGUUUACAGUAAUA